GCCACGAUCCAGACACAAGGAAAAAAAUAGACGAUGUGGGUAACGGCACCGUCAAGUCUUAACGGCAACGGGGUCAUCAGUAAAAGGGGCAAUUUAGGGAUAUAGAUUCUCAUCUGGGUUCUUCAAUGGCGAGUGUUGAAGGUGAUGACGAUUUCGGAAAUUCUUCGUCAAGGUUUUAUCAAGAUCAACUAUACACAGAGCUAUGGAAAGUUUGUGCAGGUCCAUUAGUGGAAGUUCCUCGUGCUGACGAGAGAGUUUUCUACUUCCCUCAGGGUCACAUGGAACAACUUGUGGCGUCUACUAAUCAAGGAAUCACAUCAGAAGAAAUACCUGUUUUUGAUCUUCCUCCAAAGAUACUUUGUCGAGUUCUUGGUGUCACUUUAAAGGCGGAGCAUGAAACAGAUGAAGUUUACGCUCAGAUCACAUUACAACCAGAGGAAGAUCAAAGUGAACCCACAAGUCUUGAUCCACCUCUGGUUGAACCAACUAAGCAAAUGUUUCAUUCGUUUGUGAAGAUUUUAACAGCUUCAGAUACAAGCACUCAUGGUGGAUUCUCUGUUCUUCGUAAACACGCCACUGAAUGCUUGCCUGCUUUGGAUAUGACACAAGCUACUCCUACUCAAGAACUUGUGACUAGAGAUCUUCAUGGGUUUGAAUGGAGGUUUAAGCAUAUAUUCAGAGGACAACCACGGAGGCAUUUGCUUACAACGGGUUGGAGUACAUUUGUAUCCUCGAAAAGACUUGUAGCUGGAGAUGCUUUUGUGUUCUUGAGGGGUGAGAAUGGGGAUUUACGAGUUGGAGUGAGGCGAUUAGCGCGGCAUCAAAGCACGAUGCCUACUUCGGUUAUCUCGAGUCAGAGCAUGCAUUUGGGAGUUCUUGCUACAGCUUCUCAUGCUGUGCGUACAACAACAAUCUUUGUUGUGUUUUACAAGCCUAGGAUAAGCCAGUUCAUAGUUGGGGUGAACAAAUAUAUGGAAGCUAUAAAGCAUGGAUUUUCACUCGGUACCCGAUUCAGAAUGAGGUUUGAAGGAGAAGAGUCUCCUGAGAGAAUAUUUACGGGUACAAUUGUGGGAACCGGAGAUCUAUCUUCACAAUGGCCAGCUUCUAAAUGGAGGUCAUUGCAGGUCCAAUGGGAUGAGCCAACAACAGUUCAGAGACCAGACAAAGUCUCACCAUGGGAGAUUGAGCCUUUCUUGGCAACUUCCCCAAUUUCUACCCCUGCUCAACAACCACAAUUGAAAUGCAAGCGGUCAAGACCCAUCGAGCCAUCGGUUAUAACACCAGCCCCACCUAGUUUCUUGUACAGCCUCCCUCAGAGCCAAGAUUCCAUCAAUGCAUCCCUUAAACUGUUCCAAGAUCCAUCACUUGAGAGAAAUUCAGGUGGAUACUCCUCAAACAACAGCUUCAAACCCGAGACUCCUCCUCCUCCUCCUCCAACGAAUUGUAGCUAUAGGUUGUUUGGAUUCGAUCUCACAAGCAAUUCUCCUGCUCCAAUCCCUCAAGACAAACAACCGAUGGAUACUUGUGGAGCUGCCAAGUGUCAAGAACCCAUCACUCCAACCUCAAUGAAUGAGCAGAAGAAGCAACAAACAUCAAGAAGUCGAACUAAAGUGCAAAUGCAAGGCAUUGCGGUUGGUCGUGCGGUUGAUUUAACACUGUUGAAAUCAUACGAUGAACUGAUUGAGGAGCUUGAGGAGAUGUUUGAGAUUCAAGGACAGCUUCGUCCUCGAGACAAAUGGAUCGUUGUCUUCACAGAUGAUGAAGGAGAUAUGAUGCUUGCUGGAGAUGAUCCAUGGAAUGAGUUUUGCAAGAUGGCUAAGAAGAUAUUUAUAUAUUCGAGCGAUGAGGUUAAGAAAAUGACAACGAAAUUGAAGAUUUCUUCGUCGUUAGAGAAUGAAGAAUAUGCAAAAUCGAGAAGGCUACAAUACUUGUCAUCACCGGUAACUAAUAACCACGUAUCAUUGUCACUCUUGUCGUCCCCUGAUGAUUCACUCUCUCGCGCUUCGAUUCCUUUCUCAUGGGAAGAAGAACCUGGCAAGCCUAAACACCAUGUUCGUCAUCCUUCUUACUCCAAGUGUCUUGAUUUACCUCCGAGGAUGCUCCUUCCUGACGAAUUUACCAAAAUGCCUCUGAAAGCUAAUCAUCGCCGUCGUCUUGUCGGGUGGAAACGGUGGUUCCAGUGGAAGAAAAAGAGAGAUGGUGAUGAUUAUGUGGCCGGAAGUUGUAGUUUUAUUUAUCCAUCGGAAGAUGAAGAUGACAUGAAGACCACAAGAACAAGAGGUCUCCAUUGUUUCUCUUACGUCACUAGAUGUUAUUUCUGGGUAAAUUAACCUUUGUCUUAUAAACUGUUGUCUCCGAAGGAACCAUCGAUUACAUGUUCGUGUCUUCUUUUGUUUUGCAAACAGUUCCAGGGAAGAACAAGAAGCUAAAAAAAAUUAGCUUUUGAGGGAGAUUUUAUUAUAAAUAAUACAAAGCAUA